AAAAUUACACAGAAGCCUCAACAAUUGUAAUAUGAAGAUUUUCAGUAUUUAGCGUGCGCACCGUUCACCUUUCUUACACCGUUCUCCUUUCUCUCAAGGAUGAAAACUUUAAGCACUGUUUAUCUCAUGGUAACAGUUUUGGUCUGCCAGGUCCUGCACAGUCGUUAGCGGAGUUUCAUUUUCUGGACAACUUUUCACCAUUUGUAAAAUCCAGUUUUAGAAAAUGUUUUUCCUUGACGUUCCUCUUCUUUAUGAAAGUGGUUUAAUGACUGUUUUGACUGAAAAUGAAAUAAAAGAGACUGGUCUGCAGUACUCUGGCACAGUACUGUAUAUGUUCAAACCAACUUCAAUGGAAGCAAUUAUGGAUUUGUCACUUUUUUGUAGACUUUUACCAAAAAAGAACAAAUGACUGCUUAGUCGUUUCAUAGUUAAGUGUCACUGCAUCAUUAGUUCUCAAGACAGCUAACAAAAGGUCACCAACAAAGCCAGCAUAUGUUUUGGGCCAUGCUGGGUGACCAGCUAAUCCAGCACUAGACCAGCAAGGAAUUCAUGCUGGAAUCCAUAAAUUGUUCAGACACAAGAAUAUGUUGAUAGAAAAAAAAUAAAUCAUAAAGAACAAAUCCUUUUGAAAUGUUGAAGUUCAAGAAUGUUCCUCAGAAUGUAGACAAACACGUAUCAAGGACUACCAUCAAGAAAAGAAUACAGCCGUGUAAAUUGAGAUUUACCUCGAGAUGUAAAUCACUCAUAAGCCUCAUAAAUAGAAAGGCCAGGUUAAUGUUUACUAAGACAUACAUAUAGAAAGACAUCAAGGAAUGUUCAUGAUCUAAAGCAGGGGUGCACAACUCCAGUCCUGGAGGGCUGGUGUCCAGCACAGUUUGGGGGUUUACCUGCUCCAACACACCUGAUCACACUUAUCUGAUAAUUGCCAGGUUAAAUGGGUGUGUUUGAGCAGGGAAACCUCCAAACUGUGCUGGACACCGGCCCAGUGUUCUGUUUCUGGGUUUAAAUUUGUGCAGUAAUGGAUGGCAGCGCUGGAGUUGCAGACUGGUGGUGGUGGUGGCUGUGGUGUGUGCACCUUCAUUGAAAACAAAGGUUUUAAGUUUUUAGACGCUGUGUGCAACUAGACCCAUAGGGCCCACGACCCCCUGUAGCCCCAGGGCCCACAAGCAGGUUGAAGCGCCCUGCUAAUGUGUAGUGGUAUUAAUAAUGGAACACAGACUUCAGGCAGUCAUUAACUGAAGAUUUGUGACCAAGUACUAAACGUGACAAUUCGAGAUUAUGAUCAUUUGUGCUAAGACAUGAAGGGACAGUGUAUAAAAAUGACUGAUUCCUGUACGGUGCACCCAAUAUUGGAAUACAGCUCAAAAACAACAAAAAUUAUCACUGCCUAGCCACUUACAGACUCAUAUUAAAGAGAGAAAAAAGGAGAGCAGAUGUAACCCUUCACCAAUCGUGGUCAGACCGGUUGGAGCACAUUGUGUCCAUCUGACAGCCAAGAACAUGCAAGCUUUCUCAUCACACAAGUGCACUAAGGCCCAAUCCCAUUUCACCCCUUGCCCCGACCACUUAGCCUUUAGCCCUCCAUUUUGCGUGUUCACAUCUAGGGUUAGGGUGUCCCCGAUUUUUGUUAAAGUGGAGGGGUAGGGCGAAGUGUCAGAGCUACAUGGCCCUCCAAACAGAGGUUUUGCAGGGGCUCACUCCCAACGGAGUUUUAUGGCUGCGUGAGCAACCAAAAGAAACCCUCAAAUGUAAGUAUUUUCCCAGUUAAAAUUUAAGAUAACCAUUGUAUUAUCUUUGUUUAAUGUUGUUUCACUGUGCUAUGGUCCUUUUCGUAAUAACAAGCAUAAAGAAUUACUAAUAGUAUGUAUUACUGUCUCUGUGGCUACCUAGCUAAAUUUCCUGUUCCACCUUAAAUAGUCCAGCAGUACUGACACCUGAGGCGCCAGAAUGUAACUGCUGCUCCGUUUAAGGUGGAACAGAAAAAUUGAACAAGAAGCUGGUGAAUAGCUGACUUCAGCCUCAUAUCACCAAAGAAUCAGGGGUGAUCACAUCCUCCCUCAUAUGAUGCCCUACAUUUAACUAAAGACUUGUAACUCACUUCCAAGGGGCAAUGUGACAUUCAAAAACAAGGGGUAGGGGUAAAAAUAAGAAAUGGUAUUGGGCCUAAAUUAAACACUCCACUUGAGGAUUACUCAAACUGUAGUGAUUCUGAAAGACAUAAAAACUGAUUUACAGUUUAAAACAGUGCACAUCAGUAUGUUGUUUAUAGUCAUGAGUUGGUGAGCUGCAGGAAGUGCUAUAGGGACAUUUUGGCCAAGCAGUGUGCUGAACAUUCAGGACCUGACCUGCAUAAACAUUCAGCAUGUCACUAUGACAGUGCCAGGAGAGUGGAUGCAGCUGACACGAACAGGUUAAAACCAGCCAGCUGCAUGUUUGUAAAAUUCCUUGCAGCCACCUUCACAGUAGAUAAGGAGGUGUCAGAGGACAGAGCGGACUGUAGCUCUGAGGUGAGCACAGGAGAGAAGACAGGAGAGAGUUGAGAAGAAAAGUAUAACCUUCUUAGGAAGCUGCUGGUUUUUGAGGAGAGCUAUGCCAUUCCUGGGUAGCUUCCUUUCUGAGGAGCAGUUCCAGUGCUCCAUCUGCCUGGACAUCUUUGACAACCCAGUCUCCACUCCAUGUGGCCACAGCUUCUGUAUGACCUGCAUCGGAUGCUACUGGCAAGGAGUCAAGGUGUGCCAGUGCCCGCUCUGCAAGGAGAACUUCAAAAAGAAGCCUGAGCUCCACAUUAACCGCACCCUCCGUGAGAUCACCGAGCAGUUCAAGCAGAUGAAAGGGGAUGCCGGAGCGUGUGGAGGGCUGGAGUGGGAACGGGUACAAGGAAAAAGAAUUGAGGAAAGGCCUCUAAAACAAAGACAGCUCUCAGGGGAUCUCUUCCUUGUAAUGAAACGCAAGCUUCUCAAGCCCUUUCCUUCCAAAGGAUCUCAGAAUGACAGUCACACAGUGGUGAUAGAGGGAACCAAUUCAGAUAUUAUCCAGCCCCAAGAGCUCACAACGCGAGUGUCUCGGAGGAGGUACACUCUGAGUGGAGCUGCCAGUGCCAUGAAAGUACCUCAAUGUCCAAAACACCACCGGAAACUCGAUCUUUUCUGCAAAUCUGAUGGAGAGUGUAUCUGCUCUGAGUGUGGAGAUACAGAUCAUCAAUCCCAUCAAAUCAUCUCUGCAGAAAAGGAGUGGCUGAACAACAAGACUCAGAUUGACAUCACAGAAACAAAGAUACAGGAAAUGAUUGAGCAGAGGCUGAGGAAGGUUGAAGAGAUCAAAUUUUCACUGGCAGAAAUCAAAAUGGCUGCAGAGAGAGAGAAGCAGGACUGCAUGCGUGUGAUCGGGGCUCUGCUGAGUUCCAUUGAGCACAGCCAGGCCGAGCUGCUGGAGGUGAUAGAGAUGAGGCGGCGUUCGGUGGAGCAUCAGGCCGAGGGCAUGCUCAGAGAGCUGGACCUGGAGGUCACUGAGCUGAGGAUGAGGAGUGCUGCGCUAGCCAAACUGGCCCAGACAGAUUGCUGCAUCAGUGGACUGAGGAGCUACUCCGACAACAACACUCAUCUGCCAGACAAAGACUGGACUGGAGUCUCAGUAAACUGUAACUUUGAAACAAAAUCCAUGUACAACUCAGUCUGUCAGCUGCUGGAACACUCUCGUGAGGAGCUUCAGAAACUACCUGAAAUCUAUCUGUCACCAUUAACUGAUCAGUCACCACUGAAAGCACAUCCAAAAGUCAAAACAAUACAGGAGUAUGCAGUGGACGUCAUCCUAGACCCUAGCACUGCCCAUUCUCGUCUCAUCCUGUCAGAAGACAGAAAAAAGGUGUGGUGUGGCGAAAAGCACCAGCAUGUCCCCAAUAACCCCGAGCGCUUCAACCGAGUAGUGUGUGUUCUGGGUCAAGAGGGCUUUACGAGUGGGCAGCACUAUUGGGAAGUGGAGGUGGGUGGCAAGACUGACUGGGACCUUGGAGUAGCCAGCCACUCCGUAAACAGGAAGGGCAAGAUAACAUUCAGCCCCAGCAAUGGAUUCUGGCUCCUCUGCCUGCGAGACAGGACUAACUACACCUUCAGAACGGAGCCUUCCACCACACUCACCCUCAACCUGAAGCCCCAGAAGAUUGGAGUAUUUGUGGACUAUGACAAAGGCCAGGUGUCCUUUUAUAACGCGGAAGCUAAGAUGCUCAUCUACACAUUCAUGGACACUUUCAGCGAAGCCAUCUACCCGUUCUUCAGCCCCUGCACUAACAAGUCAGGCAAAAAUGAUGUGCCACUCACCAUUACACCUGUUCUGCUCCCUGACUGAAUGAUAAGAUUAUCAUGGCCAGAUAUUACUGUAAAUACUGUACAAAGAUUGAAACAUCUGUGUAAUUUAUAUAUGUUCUUAGGCCUUUCUGACACAUCAGCUUUCACAGUUAAGUUAAAUAUGGUAACAGAAUCAUACUUAGGAUUAGGAUCUUUAUAUGACUUAUAAUAUUCUUAUAAGAUUAUCCAACCUACUUUGUUUUAACUUGUCUUAUUCAAUUGGCAGAUGAUUUUGCUUAUAUUAUUUUGUGAAACUAAUAAAAUUAUCUGCUGAUAAAAUUACAAUUUCAUUAGAUAAAAUAACUUAAAACUAGUUAAAUAACAGUGUAAAACAACAUCCUCAUAACAAAAAUAUUUGAUAUAUUGACUACAUAUAAGAUGGCGGUUGCCAAGAUAUUAUUUUCAAUGCAAUUUCUGUCUGGUUUGGUUUUGAAUACAAAAAUACAAAAACCAGUAUGUAUUCAAAUAAAUAAAUAAGAUGUAACAUUUAUACAUAUAUUUAUAACAAAACAAUUUGAUUUAAUUUUCUACAUUUUUUGGUAGCUUGUCAAUAAAAGUCCCAGACUUAACAGGCCUAGCAGUAUCUCUGUUGAAGUCUCUGUCCACCAGAGAGCAUGCUUCCAAUAGAUUUAGCCUUCAUAUGUGAUUUUUUUCAAUGAAGCCUUAUUUAUAUAUUUAUUUAUCUCACUUACAGUCGUAUCAGUCUCUCUUUCAGCGUUUCACUACAGUCAGUUGUUUUUUUGACACGUCAAAAAACUUCAGGUUAGUUGACAGAAUGUACGACAUGUAGUCUAAAAUAGUAGAACAGUGAAACUGGAGAACACAAGCCUUGUCACACAUACAAAAACACUUUAUUAAAAUAUUUAAUACUGCUUACUGUCGGGAAUGGUUUCCUGCUUUUACAUAAGACUCUUAUCGCUGAAGUAACCUGUACUCUGUCCGGUUUUAGUGCGUUAAGUUACGUUACUCUUCCCACUGCUGUCCCUCCCAAAGCAAAUCCUAACGGUAUCCACUCAGGCACUCCAAGCUUGUCCAAGCAUGUCGUAAGUAACUGUCAAAGACAGGCCCGGAGGUGAUAAAACACUGCGAAGAUAUUUCCACAAGUGGCCACAAGGUGGCACGUCUUCUUGCAUAGCUCUGUGUAAUGUAUCCUGUUCGCCUCUUUGAGGUAAAUUCCUGUUUUGACUUCUCAGUAAGGACCCAGGAACGCAGGCUAACUAGUUAGUAUCGUUCAUUUAAGCUAAGCGCUGUUUUGAACUUCAUUAGCUUCCGGUAGCAGGCUGAAUGUAGUGUUAAAGUUUCUAGGUUCUGAAGUAAAUGCUCUAUGUUAUAUUUCUUUAAACAAAACUAAAAACCUCUUUUUGGGCUCCAAUGCUAACCCUAUAGGCAUCUUGCUAAGAAAAGAAAAUAUAAAAUGUCUUUUAAAGGUCACAGCAUACUAAAAUGUAGGGUUUUUUUUUAGAUUUUUAUGAAAUACAAGGAGGUAAACACAGACUACAAACUAAAAAUUACAUAAUAAAACAAUUAGCAGCAUAAUGACAUAAAGGGCAGAACAAAAGAAAUAAAUUCAGCAGUCUGAUAUACCCACCAUGACUGAUGUCUCUCUGCUGAAUCUCUCGUCUGCUAUAGCUUUUUCUAUCAGUCAGAAAUAAGACAGGAAAUUAAAAAUAUAAUGAGAUAAUAGAUGAAAGAUCAGUUAGAGACUAGCAGAAAUGAACCAUGUGCAUGUGCUUGUGUGACUGAAAGACAGAGAAUGUGUGAACAGUGGCACACAUACCUCAAUAUAUUAUUUUUCGUUACCAAUCAGCAUUCCUCACUAAUGCAGUUUGUGGGACUAGACCAUCACCAUAACUAAAAAAAAGACUGUAGUCAUUAAAGGUGACGGAUGUAAAUGCCAACUAACAAACACUGGAAUAACUCUGUUAACAGGUGGCAGCUCCACCCAGUUGUGUUAUGAAUCUCAUAAGUACAGAAAAGCCUACGCGGCUCAUUUUCAUUGCUGAAAGAUGAAUGAAGUAAAGCAGGCCUUGGGGGGGUGGGAGGUAAAUCUGGAAAGAAAAAAGGGCAACAGGUUGUUGAUCAGGUUAUUCUUGAUGAGGCUGACAUUUGCUCUUUUAUCAGGUCCUCAGAUGAUGAUCUUGUUCUGUGAACCGUUGGUGCCAGAGCGAAUGAAGGGAAAUGAAAGCACAUGUUCUAAAUGAAAGCAGACUGUGCACAAGAAUAAAGGCUUGAAAAUGUACAAAAAACAAUAUCUUGGCAAGUGAAAUAUCUUAAAUUUAAUGAUUGUCAUUAUGGUCACUAUGAUUAAUGUUAACCUUACUUCUCACCAUUGUUCAAGCUAUUUCUAGCCAUUUUGACUUGUUUUAGGUCAUUUUAGCCAAUGAAAUACUUUCACCAACAGGUAAUUUUGCUU